AAGCACGGACGGCAGGUAGGCAUAUGGCAAGCGCUGUUAGGUAAAAAGACAACAGCGUGUGGCUAUUGCCUUCAGCACUCUUCGCUGGCUAAAUCAAUUUUUACCCCACAAACCUGUCGAUCAAUCGUCAACCGUCAGUCGUCAGUCGUCUGCAGUGUGUCAAACGAUAAAGAACAAAAUCCACCACUUUGGAGGGUUUUAGAAACGUAAAUACACGAACCCAACAAAAAACGAAAACACGAGCAACAGAUUUUUACGUCGUGCUCUUCGUGUGCUCUGCCGGUUAUAGAAAAAGGCAGAUACAAAUAACAAACAAACCGAGUUGCACCACAGACUUUUAAUCAAGCUGACAGAAGAACGCUAAACUCAUUCGCUGAACAGCCGUCGUUGUGAGCAGAUCGUAUAGAAAAUCAGUCGGAAAACGGUUUUAUAAGAUACUUUGCGGUCAAGUCAAGACAUUACACACGAUAAAUUCGUGAUUUAAUUAAGAGUGAAAAAAUAAUUUUACAACAGACAACAAAUAAAUUAAGUGAUCAUUUUCACAACCGCUACAGAAAAGUGAUCUCAAUUUACAAAUAAAAAUUAAAAAAUAUUGAACUGUGUUUUGAAGUUAUUUUUCUUCAACUGACAAAGAAAAAAUAAAUAAAUAUUUUUUGAAAAAAUAUUAAGUGAAAAUAUUUAAAAACUUUUUAAAUAAAAGAAAACAGUUUUGUAUUGAUUAUAUUUAAAAAAAUGGUAACUGGAGUUACUGGCCCAACCAUGACAGCUAAUGUAAUUGGAGCACCUGUACCCCCAUUGAAGGAGGCUAACCAGCCUGUCAAAAAUGAUCGUCGGUCAAAUAAACCAAUUAUGGAAAAACGCCGACGUGCCCGUAUCAACAAUUGCUUAAAUGAACUAAAGACACUUAUAUUGGAUGCGACUAAAAAAGACCCAGCUCGUCACUCUAAGUUGGAAAAGGCUGACAUACUGGAGAAAACUGUUAAACAUCUACAAGAACUGCAACGCCAACAAGCUGCAAUGCAACAAGCUGCAGAUCCAAAAAUUGUUAACAAAUUCAAAGCCGGCUUCAUGGAUUGCGCCAAUGAGGUUAGUCGCUUUCCCGGCCUAGAUCCAGCUGUUAAACGUCGUUUACUACAACACUUGAGUAAUUGUAUCAAUGGAGUCAAAACUGAAUUGCACCAUCAACGUCAAAUGACAGCCGCUCAAGCCAACCAAAUGCAUGCUCAAGUCUUACCCUCUCCCCCCAGCAGUCCAGAACAGGAUCAACAUCAUCUACAACAACAACGCAUACCUCCCACAAACAAUCCUUACGUCAUGGCCACACAAAUUCAACAAACUGUUAAUGGAUACUUUCUUCCAAAUGGUUUACAAGUAAUUCCCACAAAAUUGCCAAACGGCAGUAUUGCGCUUGUGUUGCCACAAAGUUUACCCCAACAACAUCAGCAACAAUUGCAACAACACCUACAGCAGCAGCAACAGCAACAACAACAACAGCACACCUCUGUUAUGCCCACCACCGCGCAACCAACCAUGUUAAUGCCAUCACGCACUGCUUCCACUGGUUCCGCCUCAUCACACAGCUCAUAUGGUUAUGAACAUAGAAUUUCUUCGCCCUCCAAUAACAUGCAUUAUGCACCACCAAGCCCGGCCAACUCUUAUGAAGCUAUGGACUGUAAACCGUCUGUCAUACAGCACGCUUCAGCACUCACACAUCAACAACAAUACCAACAGCAGCAACAACAACAACAACAGCAACAGCAACAGCAACAUCAACAACUACAACAUCAGCAAGCGCAACAACCGCUCUCGCUUGUUAUGAAAAAGCAACAGAUCAAAGAGGAGGAACAGCCUUGGCGUCCAUGGUGAAGUGUGGCGUUCAUUAGCGUUUGUAUCAAAAGCAUGAACGUUAACUAACCAGAACAAACCAAAGCUUUGGUGGAAUAAAGACUGAAGAAGUUGGCGACAGUUCCAUUGCUAUGCCGAACUUGUCCGAGUUUAUGUCUAAAACGCGGGUUAUACGGUGACUUAACAUAGACACAUACACACACAGCAAUUCUUCACAGAAAAAAAAAGAAUUAUAAAACUUGGGAAGUAACUGAUUAGAACUAAAGGUGGUGACUGCACCUACGGCAUAUAGAUGUCCUUGGGUGAUAGGUAGACAUAUGGACUAUGUCGGCAUUCACGUGUUCAGAGUUCAUCAUAUUUCGCACAUUUACUUGGGGGAAAUGUUACCGAAAUGAGAUUUGUGUUGGUCUGAAUUUUUUACUGCUUUGACGUAUUUUUGCUCAACUAAAACGUGGUCAAAGCGAGAGA